AUGUCGAGCAGGGCUGGAGUCAUCGUGCCCUUGUACCAAUACCCUGUCGACCAGUCAACAUGGACUCCCCUAUUAGAACAGUCAGUCCACCCGCCGAUUGAUCACAUCACGAUCAGAGACAUGCCAGAAUCCACCGAAACGAGUGGUGGCACGCUGCCAAGGAUAUUGAGCCAUACACAUUUGCACUUCAUCAUAAUCGUGAACCCCAAUAGCGGUCCUGGACUUGAUCAAGCUGGGUGGCUACCAGAUUCAUCGUACGACAAAGCUCUAUCCUUGUUGAAUGUUUGCUCGAACGUGCAGAUGGUUGGAUAUGUGCGUUUAGAUUACUGCAGAAGAGAUUUUUCGGACGUUGAGACCGAUGUCCGGAAAUAUGCUAAUUGGUCCAGUGUUGGGAGCACUGCAUUUGCAGAGCAGUCAUUGCAGCGCCGCUUCGGCGUUGAUGGCGUCUUCUUUGACGAGACGCCAAACCUGUUCGACGAGGCUGCUGCCAACUAUCUAGCCCGCGUGGGCGCUCUAGUCAAGACAAGCCAAGGCAUCUUGAGUAAUCGCUUGGUUCGAAUGGUGGAGAGACAAGUUCGCCUCUGA